CUAUGGCAGAAGAGCAACAACCGCCGAGUAAACUUGCUCUAGUGACGGGCUCUACGAGCGGCAUCGGACUGGGGAUAGCUCGGGGGUUGGUAAAGAGAGGUCACGACGUGGUGCUGCACGGUCUGGGGACGCCGGAGGUCGUCCAGUCCGCGAUCCAAACCUGUCGCCAGGCUCUCCCAGAUGGCGUACAGAGAGAGUUUUAUCACCAUGGUGCCGACCUCUGUGACCCCACCCAGAUCUCAGACAUGUUUCAGUUCAUAAAGUCACGAUAUGCUCGAGGUCCAGACAUCCUUGUAAAUAAUGCAGGGAUGCAAUAUGUCGAGCCGAUUGAGAAGAUGCCGGUUGAGAAAUGGGACCAGGUUCUGGCUGUCAAUCUCUCGGCCUCGUUCCAUACCAUCAGACUGGCCCUCCCCGGAAUGAGGCAACGAGGUUGGGGAAGAAUUGUCAACAUCUCUUCAGUUCAUGGACUGGUUGGGUCUCCAAUGAAGGCACCAUACGUCGCCUCUAAACACGGCCUUGUGGGACUCACAAAGGUGGUUGCAUUGGAGACUGCAGGCAGCGGGAUAACAUGUAACGCCAUAUGCCCAGGAUGGGUCCUAACUCCACUGGUGGAAGCACAGCUGGAAGCCAGGGCUGAAAAAGAAGGCAUCACUGUGGACGAAGCAAAGGUGCUUGACUAACACGCGAGUCUUAAGGUCUCUUCCAGACUAGCUUUUCUUUCAGAUGUCCACACUGGAAGAGAAAAUGCCUUCCAAAGAGUUUGUGAUGCCAAAUGAAGUGGGAGCCAUGGUGGUAUACCUCUGCAGUGAAGAGGCCAGACAAGUCACUGGAUCAACUCUCACCAUUGAUGGUGGCUGGACGACAAGAUAGUGCAUUUGGUUUUAUAAUAAUAACAUAGCAAUUUCACAACAAAGGUUAUAUAUAUAAAUAAAAGUAUCGAAGAUCAUGAGAUGGGAGGGGUGUUGAAGGAGUGGGUAAAGAUGAGGGUGUCAGAAGGAGUGGCUGAGGUGGAGUUUGGAGGAAUGGAGUUGGAUUGGAAGGCAGUGGCCAGACUCCAGCCGUGCUGUGUGAACAGGUUCAGUAUCGACGCAUGCGGCAACGCUUGGUCUGAGAACCAUCCUCUCUCGUCCUUGGUGGUCUUGGCUGUGGUGGUUGUAAGUUGCCCAAUGAGGACCGAGCUGACUUCUCCCGUUAUCCUGAUGCCCCGUGUCGGGAACACCUCCACCGUCGCAUAGUGCACCUCUGGCGCUGCAGCAUCUGAACAGAAAUAGGAGCACACAGCAAAAAUCAAACUUCAUACUUUUGCUACAAUAAGAUGAAAUCUAUAAACAAGGAACACCUAGUGACAUUAAAAUCCUUUAUUCAGAGGUGUCCUUCAUUUGAAUAAUCCACCAGAAAACCAACGCUCUUUAUAGGAAAGUCUCCUUUAUUCAGUGCGUCCUUUUCAGAGAAUAAUAUAUACCUUGUUCUCGAUUGGCCUGC